CCGCAUGCCGGGCCAAGAGCCCAUGGAGAGUGGGGGCACACAUCUGGCUGGUGUGUUCCUGGAAAUCCAGAUGCAGAGACUUGGACUGUGGGUCCAUGUGGGUUUUGGUGUGUCCGCACAUGUUGGUAUGGCAAUGGUAUGAUGGCGAGGAUGGGGGCCUCUGGUUCUUUCCUACAAAGCUGGGGGACUGGGAUGUGAACUCUGUAACACGCUGGGAGCCUGAAAUCCUGGAUCUACAAGAGAAGGUACCGGCCCAGGCCCUGACUCCCUGCAGAGAGGUCUCAGGCCCCACUGCUCCCGCCUUCCCCCUGCACCAUGGCUCCGGGCCCCUUCACCUCGGGGCUCCUAUCGCCGCCGCCUGCCGCCCUGCCCUUUCUGCUGCUGCUCUGGGCUGGGGCAUCCCGUGGUCAGCCCUGCCCCGGCCGCUGCAUCUGCCAGAACGUGGCGCCCACGCUGACCAUGCUGUGCGCCAAGACUGGCCUGCUCUUCGUGCCGCCGGCCAUCGACCGGCGCGUGGUGGAGCUGCGGCUCACCGACAACUUCAUUGCGGCUGUCCGCCGCAGGGACUUCGCCAACAUGACCAGCCUGGUGCACCUCACCCUGUCCCGCAACACCAUCGGCCAAGUGGCCGCUGGCGCCUUCGCCGACCUCCGUGCCCUCCGCGCCCUGCACCUGGACAGCAACCGCCUGGCCGAGGUGCGCGGGGACCAGCUCCGCGGCCUGGGCAACCUCCGCCACCUGAUCCUUGGCAACAACCAGAUCCGCCGGGUGGAGUCCGCCGCCUUUGAUGCCUUCCUCUCCACCGUGGAGGACCUGGAUCUGUCCUACAACAACCUCGAGGCCCUGCCGUGGGAGGCUGUGGGCCAGAUGGUGAACCUGAACACCCUCACGCUGGACCACAAUCUCAUCGACCACAUCGCUGAAGGGACCUUCGUGCAGCUGCACAAACUGGUUCGCCUGGACAUGACCUCCAACCGCCUCCAUAAACUGCCCCCCGAUGGCCUCUUCCUGCGGUCCCAGGGUCCGGGGCCGAAGCCACCCACGCCGCUCACGGUCAGCUUUGGCGGCAACCCACUGCACUGCAACUGCGAGCUGCUCUGGCUGCGGCGGCUAACCCGGGAAGACGACCUGGAGACAUGCGCCACCCCUGAGCACCUCACCGACCGCUACUUCUGGUCCAUCCCAGAGGAGGAGUUCCUGUGCGAACCGCCGCUCAUCACGCGGCAGGCGGGGGGCCGGGCCCUGGUAGUGGAGGGCCAGGCGGUCAGCCUGCGGUGCCGCGCUGUGGGGGACCCCGAACCUGUGGUGCACUGGGUCGCCCCCGACGGUCGGCUGCUGGGGAACUCAAGCCGGACCCGGGUGCGGGGGGACGGGACGCUGGAUGUAACCAUCACCACCUUACGGGACAGUGGCACCUUCACCUGCAUCGCCUCCAAUGCCGCCGGGGAAGCCACGGCACCUGUGGAGGUGUGCGUGGUGCCCCUGCCUCUGAUGGCGCCCCCGCCGGCCGCCCCGCCACCUCUCACUGAGCCUGGCUCCUCCGACAUAGCGACACCCGGCCGCCCUGGUGCCAAUGAGUCAGCUGCUGAGCGCCGGCUGGUGGCGGCUGAGCUGACCUCGAACUCGGUGCUCAUCCGCUGGCCCGCCCAGAGGCCUGUACCCGGAAUCCGCAUGUACCAGGUCCAGUACAACAGCUCUGUGGAUGACUCCCUCGUCUACAGGAUGAUCCCAUCCACCAGCCAGACCUUCCUGGUGAAUGAUCUGGCAGCGGGUCGCGCCUAUGACCUGUGCGUGCUGGCUGUCUACGACGAUGGGGCCACAGCACUGCCGGCCACUAGAGUGGUGGGCUGCGUGCAGUUUACCACCGCUGGGGAUCCUGCACCCUGCCGCCCACUGAGGGCCCAUUUCUUGGGCGGUACCAUGAUCAUCGCCAUCGGGGGCGUCAUCGUCGCAUCGGUCCUCGUCUUCAUCGUUCUGCUCAUGAUCCGCUAUAAGGUCUAUGGCGACGGGGACGGCCGCCGUGUCAAGGGUACCUCCAGGUCGCCGCCGCGGGUCAGCCACGUUUGCUCGCAGACCAAUGGCGCAGGUGCAUCGCAGGCCGCGCCCCCGCCGGCGCAAGACCGUUAUGAGGCGCUGCGCGAGGUGGCGUCCCCAGCUGCUGCCGCAGUGGCGGUCGAGGCCAAGGCCACCGCAGCUGAGACGGCUACCGCGGAGCCAGAGACCGUCCUUGGACGCUCCCUGGGCGGCUCGGCCACCUCGCUGUGCCUACUGCCGUCUGAGGAAACCUCUGGGGAGGAGUCUCGGGCAGCGGCGGGCCCUCGGAGGAGCCGUUCCGGGGCCCUGGGGCCGCCGGUUUCGGCGCCUCCCACUCUAGCUCUGGUUCCUGGGGGUGCCCUGGCUCGGCCGAGGCCGCAGCAGCGCUAUUCGUUCGACGGGGACUACGGGGCGCUCUUCCAGAGCCACAGUUACCCGCGCCGCGCCCGGCGGACAAAGCGCCACCGGUCCACGCCACACCUGGACGGGGCCGGAGGGGGCGCGGCCGGGGAGGACGGAGACCUGGGGCUGGGCUCCGCCAGGGCACGCCUGGCCUUUACCAGCACUGAGUGGAUGCUGGAGAGUACCGUGUGAGCGACGGGCGGGCGCCGGGACGCCUGGGUGCCGCGGACUAACGCCCAGCCGCACGGACGCUGGGGCAGGACUCGGGGAGAAAGCACGGCGCCUAGUCUGCGGACUAGAGGCGGAGACUUGCCCUUCUUGUCCCCGGAGUUGGGGGGGGCGGGGCUCCCUCGUCUGCGGCUCUUGGUCAUGCCCCCGGGACCGGGACCGAGGGGGUUAGGGGGCGGGCAGCCGGGCCCCCCUCCUCCACGGACUCCUCGCCCCCCUCCUGCCCCUCCCCCCGCGCGCUCGCGGACCUCGCUGGAGCCGGUGCCUUACACAGCGAAGCGCGGGGAGGGGCAGGGCCCCCCCGACACUGCAGCACUGAGACACGAGCCCCCUCCCCCCGCCCGGGACCCGGGGCAGGGGCGAGGGGCCCAUUUCUUGUAUCUGGCUGGACUAGAUCCUAUUCUGUCCCGCGGCGGCCUCCAAAGCCCCCACCCUCACCCCAUUCACUUCCCUGGUCCCGUCGGGUCUGGCUUGGGGUCCCCCUUUCUCUGUUCCCUUCGUCUCUGUCCUGCCCCCUGUCGUCUUUGUCUUACGUGUCUGCCCUUCCCUAUUUGUGUCCCCUUUCUUUGUCCCGUCGUCUCUUCUCCCUCCACCCUCCCAUUUCUUGUCCAGUUGUUUCCCUAUCUCUCCCGAUUACCUCUUCCCCUGCACAUUCUCCCGGGCAGGUCCCACUGGAAGGACCAGACUCUCCCCUAUUCCUUCUUCUUUUCCCAAAUAAAUCCCCACAUGAACAAAGUCCAAAACCAAAUUCCCCUCCCUGCCGGAGCCGGGACCCUCCGCCGCAGCAGAAUUAAACUUUUUUCUGUGUCUGAGGC